UAUAGCUUCUCAUACCCAGGUGCAUUCAUAUGACAACCUGUAUUAGGAAACUGCUAGAUUCCAUUCUGUGCCUGCUCAGUACUCCUUCCCAACAUGGAGCUGCUGACCAUGUUCCUCUGCCUUUCUAUUUUCUUACUUUUACUUUUGACAUGGAAGAUAUACAAGAAACGAAUUCAACUGCCCCCAGGACCUUUUCCACUUCCACUGCUGGGAAAUGUGCUACAGGGGACCACUGUGCUCUACGACUCUUAUCGCGAGCUUUCUGAACAGUAUGGCCCAGUGUUCACAGUUUGGCUGGGCUCCACGCCAAUGGUGGUACUCUGUGGGUAUGAGGUACUGAAAGAUGCUUUGAUCAACCAUUCUCAAGAAUUUGGUGCCCGUGGAUCUUCUCCAGUUCCUGAGAGACUGACCAAUGGAUAUGGUGUCAUUUCAACCAAUGGUCUACGUUGGCAGCAGUUGCGGCGUUUUUCAGCAACCACAUUCAGGAACAUUGGAAUAGGGAAGAGGUCCAUGGAGGAGAGAAUGCAAGAUGAGGUUCGGCACCUUAUACAGGCUGUACAGGACACAGGAGGGGAGGCAUUUAAUCCUCUCAAUGUACUUGGCCGAGCAGUAAACAACAUUAUUAACCUUAUGGUGUUUGGAAAACGCUGGGACUAUAAGAAUAAGACAAUGCUGAGACUUUUCAAUAUCGUCAAUGACAUUUUACUCUUCCUCCGAUCCCCAUUAGGAGUGACAUAUGCUGCAUUAAACCAGAUAAUGAGGCACCUGCCUGGCCCACACCAGAAGGUAUUCCGUGAAAGUGAAAUUGCAAAAUCUUUCAUUAGAGAGCAGAUUAAUUCUCAUAGGAACACACUGGAUUCUGAAUACCCACGGGACUAUAUUGACUGCUUCCUCAUCAAAGCUGAUCAGGAAAAGGACCUGCACUCAAGUGAAUUCAUCCAAGAGAAUCUGGUGAACACCAUUUUUGAUUUCUUUGUAGGAGGGACAGAGACCACUACAAAUACCAUUCAGUUUAGCUUGCUGGUCAUUAUUACACACCCCUGUGUUCAAGCUCGAGUUCAGAAGGAGAUAGACAAAGUAGUUGGACCAGAUCGACUGCCUGGCAUAGCAGAUCGAGUACAUAUGCCAUACACUAAUGCCGUUAUACAUGAGAUCCAAAGGUUCUUGGACCUUGUCCCACUGUCGCUUCCACAUAUGGCAACGCAGGACACAGUAUUUAGGGGAUUCAAAAUCCCUAAGGGAACCACAGUUAUUCCAUUAAUUGGCUCAGCCCUAUGGGACCCGGCACAGUGGGAGACACCAGAGGAAUUCAAUCCAGAACACUUCCUUAACCAGAAUGGAGAGUUUUAUAUGCGGCCAGCAUUCAUGCCAUUCUCAGCAGGAAAGAGAGUUUGUCUGGGAGAAGGGCUGGCGCGUAUGGAAAUCUUCCUCUUCUUCACUGCCCUGCUCCAGAAAUUCACAAUCAGAGCUGCCAAUCAGACUGAUACAUUUGACUUGAGGACUCUGAGAAGGGCCUUUCGGAAAAAGGGGUUAUUCUAUGAAAUGAGAGCCAUUCCUAGAACCUACACUGCGGAGAACUGAUAUAAUGAAACUGUAUAUCUGACAAUAUAUUUAAGCUUAAAAUUAAACUGAAUCUGGCAUCUGUGAAGCUUAUAUAGCUUUAACUGUGAAUUUCAUUUAUUCAUGUACAACCUAAGCUCUAGUUAAAGCAAAAGGAUGUUAAAAGAAAUAUUUUUGUAAUAGGAUAUUUAAAGGGAUUUAUAGAGCAUUAGAAAUUUAUUGGCAACUACAUUACCAAUAAAUUUGUAAUACCGGCGCACAGGGCCGGAACUAGGGGUAGGCAGAGUAGGUACGUGCCUAGGGCGCAAAGCUGAGGGGGCGCCAGGCACGUACCUGCUCUUUUGCCUACCCCAUGUCCGGUCCUGUGUCGCCCUGGCUGCCGCUGGUAAUUUGCGUUGCGCGCAUGCGCGUAAUUUGCGCCAUUGAGCACACACUAAGCUGGCGCCGUGACCGGCCAGGUUGCCUAAGGCACCUGGCCGGGUUGGCCCGGCUCUGCCUGUGCAGGCCAUACAUUGUAUUUUACCACUUAGGCCGGACAAAUACCAGCCAGUUUGCAACCCUACCAUGUGCAGCUACACUAAGCAGAAGUAUACAAUUUCAGACAAAAUCUAUGUAGCAGCAUACAGACUGCUGUCAUGCAGAGCUACAUGAAUGAGCACAUUGGAGUGCAUCUGUCUUUCAUGAUCUGCAUCAUGUGCCCUUAGGGCAGAGACAGACGCAAAGAUUCAGGGGGUGUUUUAGUCACCCAGUGACUAAUCGCCUCUUCUUCGGGUGACUAAUCUC